CCUCGUUCGGCUUGCAACCCUUGCCUCCAACCCCAAACCCAACGACCCCCCUUUUCUCUCUCGUUUCACUCGAAAGCUUAGCUCUGUUCUCUGCAACCGCUGCUCUCUGCCGUUCCGCGCCGCCGAAGCUCGCCGUCGUCCAAAAGACUUCAUCAUCGUGAAUCAGAGACGAAUUGUUGUUGCGAAAAGAUGAGUUUAAUAUCGCAGAAUGUUCCUUCCGGUUUUAAAGCCAACAAGGCUAAAAGGGAUGAUGAUGGCGCUGACGAGCCUUUGUUUCUGCAAGGAAAUGAAGACAAUGGGGAUGGACAAGCAAUGGGUUUGGAUAUUAUGAGGACGAAGAAAAGAAAGAAAGCGCGUAAGGAAGAUGAUGAGAAAUUGGUGGUGGAACAAAAAGAAAAGGAGCAGCUGGAGGACUCAUUGUUUGGAGCCAUUAAUUCCCCACUUGAGUUUGGGAAGGAGGAUGAGGAAGAGGUUGGAGAUGGAGCGGAUUUGUUCUUCGUGGACCGUUCUGCCAAUGGUGUGCGUUCGGUUGAUGAAGAGGAUGGAGAGUUAUCAGAAGAGGAGACCCAGGAAAGGAAACCUGUGUGGGUAGACGAGGAAGAGGAGAUGACCAAAAUAAAUAUUGCUAAAGUUAAUAGGUUAAGGAAGCUGAGGAAGGAGGAGGAGGAGAGUUUGAUUUCGGGUUCAGAUUAUGUGUCGAGAUUGAGAGCUCAGCAUGCUAAGCUGAACCCAGGCACAGAAUGGGCUCAGCUUGAUCGACAAGUGCGGGAGAGUAUUUAUUCUGAUGAUGAAUCAUCCGAUGAACAGAAUCAGGUAGCAGUGGCCCGUGGCUUCAAAGGUGUAGACACUGUUGAUGAUCUCCUUCGAACGAAUGAGGAUCUUGUUGUGAAGAGCAGUUCAAAGUUAUUACCUGGACUUCUUGAAUAUUCAGCACUUCUAAAUGCAAAUGCAGAGGAACCUUCAAAUGGUCCGAUAAACUCAGUGCAGUUCCAUAGAAAUGGGCAGUUGCUUCUUGCUGCUGGGUUGGAUAGAAGGCUUAGGUUUUUUCAAAUUGAUGGCAAGCGGAAUACUAAAAUAGAAAGCAUCUUCCUUGAUGACUGUCCCAUUCGAAAGGCGGCUUUUUUGCCUGAUGGGUCGCAGGUUAUUAUAGCUGGAAGGAGGAACUUCUUUUACAGCUUUGAUUUAGUGAAGGCAAAAGUAGAUAAAAUUGGUCCCCUGGUUGGUAGAGAGGAGAAAAGCUUGGAAUGUUUUGAAGUUUCCCCUGAUUCUAGUACAAUUGCCUUUGUGGGCAAUGAAGGCUAUAUCCUGUUGGUGUCCUCGAAAACGAAGGAAUUGAUCCGAACACUGAAGAUGAAUGGAACUGUUCGUUCUUUAGCUUUUACCAAUGAUGGGAAACAACUGUUGAGCUCCGGUGGAGACGGACAGGUUUACCACUGGGAUCUGAGAACUGGGGCUUGCAUCCAUAAGGCUGUUGAUGAAGGUUGCAUAAAUGGUACAUCUCUUUGUACAUCUCCAACCGGAACAUUGUUUGCUGCUGGUUCAGACAGCGGGAUUGUCAACAUCUACAAUAGAGAGGAGUUUUUGGGGGGAAAGAGAAAACCCAUCAAGACCAUCGAGAAUCUUACAACGAAAGUAGACUUUCUCAAGUUCAAUGGCGAUGCCCAAAUACUGGCCAUUUGUUCGAGCAUGAAGAAGGAUAGCUUGAAGUUGAUACAUGUUCCAUCAUUUACUGUUUUCUCCAACUGGCCUCCGCCGAGAAGGUCCAUACAUUAUCCCCGCUGUUUGGAUUUCAGUCCCGGUGGAGGUUUCAUGGCUGUGGGAAAUGCUGCUGGAAAAGUGUUGUUGUACAAGUUGCAUCACUACCAUCACGCAUAGAAGGAAUGCUAAGAAAACCAGUAUAUGGUCACCAGGAUCUUGUUUCCUUCGUUUCAGAAGAUUCGUUUGCCCGUUCAACGACGAUCUGAUUGUAUCAUCCGCUGUAUCAAUGCAGAAAGGUUUUGCAGCUUUUGACCUUUUAUUUCUGUUCGAACUUCGAAUGUGUUGCACCAAACUUUAAUGGAAAAUUUUGAAUCAUUUAUAUGUCCA